UAACCAACUGCCAUUUGCAAAUUGCAUUUUGCUGUUUGCAGUAAUUUCUGGCAAUUCUUGAAGAAUUUAAAAUUAAAUUUACUAAUAUAAAUAAUAUUUAGGUAAAUCCAAAAUACUUAACAAAUAUGGUGGACCGAAUUGAUAUGGCUUUAGACGAUAUAAUAAAAGCUAGUAAGAAAGGACGAGGAGGCGGCGCUGGAAGAAAAUUCGAUAAUAAUACAAAAAGAUCAAAUCGUGGAGGCGGAAGUUUUCGUAAUGGCCGCUCAGGUGGCGUUGUACGAGGAAGAAAUCGUGGUGGUAUAACUAAGCCGACAAAUUACAUGAGGGAAAAACUAUUUCAGGGUGAUGUUAACAGCACAUGGAAACAUGACAUGUUCAAUGAAUACACUGAUAAGAAAACACAAAGGGGUGCACCAAUUACAACAGGACCUACUAAACUCCUGGUGUCUAAUUUAGAUUUUGGUGUCUCAGACACAGAUAUUCAGGAACUAUUUGCCGAGUUUGGGGUCUUUAAAAGUGCGGCUGUGCACUAUGAUCGUUCUGGGAGAUCAUUGGGUACUGCUGAUGUUGUUUUUGAAAGAAGAGCUGAUGCCUUAAAGGCUAUGAAACAAUACAAUGGUGUUCCUUUGGACGGCCGUGCUAUGAACAUUCAACUAGCAACAUCAGAUAUUAAACCAUUCAGGGGAGAACCUCAAAGUAGACUUCAAGGUGGCGGCGGACCUAUAAGAAGAAAUUCUAAUAGAGGUGGCAGAAAUACAAAUAAUAGUGGCAGAGGUGGUGGACCAAGGAGAGGUGGACAAGGUGGUGGCAGGGGGGGAGGGGCCCGUGGGGGGAGGCGGCCAGUUCCAACAGCUGAACAGCUUGAUGCAGAGCUUGACGCCUACGUCAAAGAAAUUAAGUGAUACAUUAAGACUAGGUAAUUAUGUUAAUGAUUAAAUAAUAGUUAAUUGUAUUUUUGUAAUAAGUCAAGAGAUUUUGUAAUAAAAAUUUAUUUGGCCAUGAAAAUGACUCGAUGUAACAUUACAGUAAUGUUCAUUAUCAAAAGUUAUAAAUAAAUACUAUUUGAAGGUA